GUUACGUCGCAUGUGACGUCAUUCCGCACCCCGCCCGCAGCCAUGCGUACUGAGCUUGUUAUCGGGUCGCUUGUUAUGACUGGAGAAGGCCUCGGACUCAAUUAAAAUUUAUCCCCGGGACAGCCGCAUGCUCAUGGAGGGCAUGGACAUAGACCUGGAUCCGGAGCUCAUGCAAAAAUUCAGCUGCAUGGGCACCACGGAUAAAGAUGUCCUCAUCUCGGAGUUCCAGAGGCUGCUGGGCUUCCAGCUCAACCCGGCGGGCUGCGCCUUCUUCCUGGACAUGACCAACUGGAACCUACAAGCAGCUAUUGGUGCAUAUUAUGACUUUGAGAGUCCAAACAUCAACACGCCGUCAAUGUCUUUUGUGGAAGAUGUGACGAUUGGAGAGGGGGAGUCUGUUCCUCCUGACACACAGUUCACAAAGACGUGGAGGAUACAGAACACAGGUGCAGAGUCAUGGCCCCCAGGUGUGUGUUUGAAGUAUGUUGGCGGGGAUCAGUUUGGCCAUGUGAACAUGGUGAUGGUGCGGUCCCUGGAUCCACAGGAGAUCUCAGACGUGAGCGUGCAGAUGCGCAGUCCAGCCAUUCCUGGCAUGUACCAGGGCCAGUGGAGAAUGUGCACUGCCACUGGACUCUUCUACGGAGAUGUGAUCUGGGUGAUCUUGAGUGUGGAAGAAGGAGGCCUGCUGGGCGUCACACAGCAGUUAUCCUCCUUCGAGACAGAGUUCAACACGCAACCCCACCGCAGUCUGGAGGGAGACUUCAACCCUUUCGCCUCACCACAGAAGAACAAGCAGGACACCAAUGAGGAUCAUCUAAAAGACCCCGGGGGCCACUGGGAGGCCCCUCUGGACUCCAUUCAGCAAGAUCAAAAUGGACUCAAUCACACCUCUGUAAAUAUUACACCAAAUGGUCUCCAAAACAACUUUUCAGUAGUGACUUACAGCCAGGGCAUUAAUGGACCCUUCCCGUUUGGACAGUCUUAAGAUACAGAAACCGUCGAGUAGCUCAUCAGAGCUGCUGCUUUUGCCCUUUGCUAGGGUUCAGUGAGAGGAGGAAGAGAUUUACUCUAAAGACUUGGUGACCCUCCCUCUCCCCCGACGCAUCACAACAUCACAUCAAUGUGUGGACAAAUCUGUUUGGCUCCAAAUCAAUAUUGAACCAACACCUGAGUUAAGCAUGUGUGAAUGCUAGAUUUAGAUGAGUGCUAGAAAUUCUACAGAGAUCUAAUGAAAAAUACACCGUUUUUUGAUCCGUAACUUCACAUUACAGCAGGAAAUUCAGAUGUGUGAGUGAGUGCACGACUGCACAAGAGAAACUGAGGC